AUGGUAAAAGAGGACGAGACUCCUUGUGCUUCAAAAGAAGCUCCAACAACCAAAGCUAAAGGUAAAGCAAAAAAAUUAAAUCUGGGAGUAAAGGAAGCAUUUGAAGAAGAAGAAACAGCUGUUGAUGUGGACAGACACGUAAUUGUAGCCAAAUUACCUGCUUUCUGGAAAAAUAAACCCGAUUUAUGGUUUAUGCAGGUUGAAUCCAUAUUUAGGUCCAAAGGAAUCAGAAGUGAUGUAGCGAAAUAUGAUGCUGUAGUGGGAACAUUCGACUCAGAAACAAUAGAGUUGGCUACGGACAUUCUCAGAAAUCCACCUGAAGAGAAUAAGUAUGAAUACCUAAAGGAACAUCUAAUUAAACGUCUCACGCAGUCUAAAGAAAAACAAAUGCAGACUCUAAUAAAUGAUCUCCAAUUGGGGCAACUUAAACCAACUCAACUACUAUUAAAAAUGAGAGAGCUUGCUCCUCGUCUUGAUGAUGAGUAUCUUUCUUCGAUGUGGAGAAACAAGCUACCACAACAUGUACGAGAACUAUUAACGGUAACUGAUAAUGCUGAUCUUGCGACUUUAGCUCGAGUAGCUGACAAUAUCAUGGAUCAGAAAAGUCAAAAUGAUGGUUAUGUUAUGGCUGCAAAUGCCAAGUCAAAAACGUCAGAAGACUUAAUAGACAAACGUAUCAGCAAAUUGGAGGAUUUAAUUCUUUCAUUUACAAAUGAGAUUAAAGCAAGAUUAGAUACGGUAGAGAAGAUGGUCAACCAACGAUCAAGAUCUCGUUCUCGUUCCAAAACACCAGGAAUAGUUGAACCCUGUUAUUAUCAUAAGAAAUUUGGAGAAGCAGCAACUAGGUGCGUGUUUGGUUGUCCAUUGAUGGAGGCAGAGAUUGACAGUGCACAACCAAUGCCUCAAAAAGAACUUAGGCUGCAUAUCCAAGAUAGAAAAACUAAAAUAAAUUACUUAAUUGAUUCUGGUUCUGUAGUAUCUGUAUUACCGCGAAGAUUAUUUCCAGGUAGCAAGCUAAAAGAAUCUACAAAUUUAAAAUUAUUUGCAGUUAAUGAUUCACAAAUUCCGUCAUAUGGCAACAAAAUAGUUGAGCUCGAUUUGGGAUUGCGUCGUGCUUUUAAAUGGUACUUCCUAAUUGCAGAUGUAGUAGCUCCUAUAAUUGGUGCAGACUUUCUAGUGUAUUAUGAAUUAAUGGUGGAUCUAAAAAACAAAAAACUAGUGGAUUCAAAAACAACUAUUUCAGCACAGGGUAUGUUGAGUCAACCUGAAGUUUCUGGUAUCUCCACAGUUUCAGGUCAGACAAUCUUUCACGCUCUAUUCAAAGAAUUUGUUGAGAUUACACAACCUAGAAGAAAUCCAGAUACUAUAACAAAAUCCACGGUUUGUCAUUACAUCACAACUAUUGGACAAGCAAAAAGUGAGGGAGAAUGGAGAACGUGUGGUGACUUCAGAAGAUUGAACGCACAAACGGUUCCAGAUCAAUAUUCUCUACCACUUAUUCAGAGUCUAUUUGAAAAACUUCAUAAUAAAACAAUCUUUUUAACGCUGGAUUUGGCUCGCGCCUAUAAUCAAAUACCAAUGAACAAAGAAGAUAUAGAAAAGACUGCAAUCAUAACCCCAUUUGAUUUAUUCGAGUAUGUAUUCAUGCCAUUUGAUGGAUACAAACCUCCUCAAAAACGAGUUGAAGCGAUCAAGAAUUAUCCAAAGCCUAAAACAGUAUCAGAACUUCGUCGUUUCGUCGGAAUGAUAAACUAUUAUCGGUGUUGCAUUCCGAGGUUAGCAGAGAAACAGGUACCUUUAACUGAAUAUUUAAAGAAAUCAUUGAAAAAUGACAAGACAAUCAUUGAGUGGUCAGAAAAAGCGACAAAAGCUUUUGAAGAAAGUAAAGACAGUUUAGUGAAAGUUACUCUUUCUGCUUAUAUAUCACUAGACGCUCCUUUGUCACUUACUACAGAUGCUUCAGACGCAGCAAUAUGUGCAUCAUUAGAACAACUAGAAGAUAAUGAAUGGAAACCCAUUGGUUUUUUUUCAAGAAAACUGUCUAAGUCAGAACAAAACUACAGUACCUAUGAUAGGGAACUUUUAGCGAUUUAUGCUGCAAUUAAACAUUUUCAACACAUUCUUGAAAGUCGUCCAUUUGUCAUCAAAACAGAUCACAAACCAUUGACUUUCGCUUUUAAACAAAGAUCUGAUAAAGCCUUACCUAGACAACUUCGCCAUCUUGAUUUUAUAUCUCAAUUCUCAACAGAAAUAAUUCACAUUAAAGGUAAUGAUAAUACAAUAGCAGAUGCUUUUUCAAGAAUUUUCGCAAUUGGAAUGCCAACAGUACUUAGUGCAGCUAGAAUAAGUGAAGAACAAAAGAUGGAUGAAGAAUUAACACAGAUUCUCAAUGAUAAAAUGUCUUUAAGACUGCAAAAGCUAGUCAUAGAAGAUAAGGAUGUAUAUUGUGACGCUUCGACUGGUGUGGUUCGAUCUUAUAUUCCAGCUUCACUUCGUCGUCAGGCAUUUGAUGUAGUUUACGGUCUUGCUCAUCCCAGUGGUAGAACUACCUGUAAACAAUUAAAAGAAAAGUUCAUUUGGCCAGAAAUUCGUUCUGAUGCUAUACAGUGGUCAAGAGAAUGUGUUUCAUGUCAACGUGCCAAAGUUCAUAGACACAAUAAAUUAAUUCCUAAUAAAAUAGAUGUACCAGACAACCGGUUCAAUCAUAUUCAUAUCGAUAUAAUUCAUUUACCGGAAGUGAGAGGAUACCAGUAUUGUUUGACAAUCAUCGAUCGAUUCUCGAGAUUUCCAAUGGCCAUUCCGCUCAAGGAUGUAACUGCUCAAACGGUCGCCGAUGCCUUCUUCAACAACUGGGUCUGUCUAUUUGGUACUCCUUUAACAAUUACCCCUGACCAAGGUUCACAAUUUGAGAGUGCCUUAUUUAAUGCUUUAUUAAAUACUGUCAGUGCCAAAAGAAUUCGUACAACACCUUAUCAUCCAGCCUCUAACGGUUUAGUUGAAAGGUGGCAUCGUACACUAAAAAUUGCUUUGAUGUGUCAUCCAAACAUUCCAUGGGUAGAUGUACUCCCAUCAGUAUUACUUGGUUUACGAACUGUAUACAAAGAGGAUUUAAAAGCUUCACCAGCCGAGCUGCUGUUUGGUACUACAUUACGAAUUCCUGGAGAAUUUUUCGUCCAUGAAGACCUGUCGGGAAAUCCUGAAAAAUUUGUCGAAAAACUAUAA